CAAAAAAACGAUUUAUAAAUAAUUCUCAAUAUGUAUUUUUCAGCCAAUAGUAGAAAUUUAUUAUAAAUUCGAGGACAUGAAUGGAUCGAAGUUCCUUCUUUGCAAUAUUAUUGUCUGGCUAGUAACAUCGACAAAACUGUUAACUCAAGCUGAAGAGAGGUUGAACAACUCUAAAAUCAGCCUUAGUAAAACCCAAAGAUUGAAAAUUUUCCCGGUAAUCAAGUUUUCAGUGAACAACAGAGCAAUCAGUAGCCAAAUGAGAAUUCAGGACUUACUGCAAGAGACGGAAGUGCAGGCAAGAGGCAAAGAGAAGAAGACAAAUCCUUUACAGAGAAUCGGAUUCAUGUUGAUGAUGACGCCAUUUAUUAUGCAGAUACUCUCCCUACCAGGCGCCGUAGCGACCAUCAAAAUGUCACUAUUAAGGAGUAUCAUGGUGGCGCAUUUAGCAAUCGCAAUACUAAUCUAUAACUUCAUUAAAAGCUUGCAGAAACCGGAUGUAGUAGUGGUCCAUCAGCCAAAUUAUCACAAACACUACAGUGAAGGUUAUCCCGACAACGUCGAAGACGAAUGGUUCGGCAGAUGAAGUACGCGAACGAAACAACGAACGUAACAAUAUGUUUCUCCGUGAUGUAGGACCAUUUCCGUGAUUAGCUGCGGGUUCGGUUUUCUCAAGCAACAUUCGAAAGUGCGAAGAACAUCUGUGAUAUAAAGAUCGCGACGUGCGCGAUGCAAAAUUUAUUUAUUACAUUUUAAAAUUUUUGUAUUUUUAUGUUUUAUAUAUAAAUUAAAUUGUUUUUUUUUAAAUACGUUAUACAGUUUUUAUUUUUAAGAAAUACAACUUAUAAUAUCCGAGGAAAUAUGUUAUUGGUCCUCUGAUGGCUGCGUACUGUUCGCGUUUUGCCUCGCAUUAAGCAGAGUGCCAGUAUCAAGAUGUCGGCUGACCUACUUCGAGUCUCCACGUAACGGCAUUUUGGUCCAGAUUCUCACAUUCGCGUGCAGACAUAUUCAUUCAGGUUUUCUCAUUUCUCUCUCGUUAAAUUCGACAUCGAAAUCGAAAUUAGAAUUCCACCGCGCUUCACGUUGAUAAAUAAAAAAUCCCGUAACGGAAACGCAAAUGGAGUUCUCAUGCGCGAACAAGAAGGACAUACAAGCUGAUUGUAACGCAAAUAUCGUUGGAAGUUUCGUCAACGACUUGAAUCUUCGAGACGUCGAUAUUCGUGAUGCGUAUAUGUGCUAGAAACCCACCUUCCGCGAGCGGUUUGUAUUGUUAGUAUGCCAUGAGGAUCGUCGUUCCUAAAUCGAUAUCUCGCAACGCAAAUCAGAUCGACAUGCCGCUUUCUGGACUACAAAAUGCAUGAUGCACCGCGCGUAUCCGACAAAUAAGAACUAAACGUUCGUUUAUUCGCGGACCGCUUGAAUCGCGUAAACAUGCUAUUACGUGUAGGAAUUUAGAUCUCUUUGCCGAUUCGCCGGCAAUUCGAUAUUCCACAAACAAAAUUUCUAAUUCCAACUUGUUCCAGAUUACAUCGGAAAAGUCGAACGAUCAACGAAUAUAUUAGACUGAGGAAAUGCUUUACUGGAGCCACCCAACUUGAGUUUUACGAUCAGAAAAGUUUUACUAUCUAUCUAUAUAAUGUAUAUUUUAAGUUUAUUACAAAACACAGAAUUUAUUUCUCGCAACUCCGAGUCGGAACUUUAGUUUUAAUAUUUGACACUUCUUCCAUCUGAUUGUAUCGAGUUUUAACUACCCGACGUCCAGAGGCUGCGUUUCCAAGAUUGUAGCUCACCAUGACCAGAAGUUUAUAACGGUGCCACUUUCAAUUGAUUAUGCGAUUUCUAAUCUUGUCAAGUCCAGUGCGUCAUAUAUUCAGAUGAGAUUUUCGAGACACAAUUUCCGAAUCGAUGCGAAUCGCCUGCGAACGGCUCUGACCCUCAUUUUACUGUACUGUUCCAUUUCCGUCGGGAGAAGCGCUAAAAAAUGGGCAAGAAAAUUUUUCCUAUCGAUAUAAUCUUCAUACAUCGAGGUCUUUCGCGAUUUUCUUAACAAUUUAUUUUAAUCGAAGCAUAUUAGCUGUAUGAAGAUUUUCCUAGAGUAUGCUGCACGCUUCGGAUAAUGGCGUUAAAAAUUGCAGGAUUAUGCUGACAUUAUUCACAGUAUCCGAUUAGCUGACCUAUGCGCAUUGAACGUGCAUUAAUUUAUUAUACUCCUGCAUCGUCUAGCACUCCUAAGAGUGUUCGUUUCUUAACAAGCAACCAUCGUCGAUCUGACAGCGUUAAGUGUAAGAAAAUAAAACGAAAGGUCAUCUAAUAAAUACAGGCUUAUCGUGAUCAAUGUAAAUGUCUUCUUGUGCUUGUUAAUGUCCCCCAAAAAAACGUAUCUCUUAAAGUCAUCCAUCAAUAACAAUUUAAAUUAAUUUUUUAUAGUAAAUUUUAAUUAAUUUUGAGAGACAAAUAUUACUUAGAUUUUACAAAUUAAAAAAAUCUCAACUUAUUUCGUUAUAAUAUUAAUGUUAAUUAAUCUAUUGUAAUGAUAGGCUCAACUUUUAAAAUAGAAAGCAAUGGACUAUCUGUGAAAACACUCAGAAUCGUCAAA